UACACAUGGACAGGCUGCAUUUUACGCGCCACCUGCUGGUUCCAUCCUCCGCGUGCAGCCUCAGACCCGCCUCCUCCUUUUGUUUGGUUGAUAGAAUGACUUCACAGGCAGAAUGUGAAGAAGCCAGCCCAUCCUGCACACUAUACCCGACCUCAUGUGUUUUUUUGUUUUUUUUUUUCCCACUGCUGUCAGAUGAUGGCACAGAUGUGAUGUGGCACCAGAGGCUCGGACCACCGCGCAUGGUGCAUGGAGCUCCGGGGCUUGCAGGCUGAUCUGAGGCUGCUGAUACUGUAACAUGGACAAUACACAAGAGAACAAAUCAGCUGAUGGCAAGAAGAGCAACUCUGGCACAAAGCAGCCAAUCACAGCCUGUCUUUUGAGCGCGGCCUUUUUCGGCGCCCUGGGGUCAUCCUUCCUGUAUGGCUACAACCUCUCUGUGGUGAAUGCUCCUGCUUCGUACAUUAAAGCUUUCUACAAUAAGACGUGGAUUGAGAGAUAUGGGGAGCCCAUUGGAGCAGAGUCAGUCACCCUCCUCUGGUCCAUCACCGUAUCCAUAUUUGCUAUUGGAGGUCUGGUGGGUGCGCUGUGUGUUUCUUUAAUCAUCAAAGUCCUUGGAAGAAAGGGAACUCUGCUGCUAAAUAACAGCUUUGCAGUCGUAGCUGCUCUGCUGCUGUCUCUGGGUGAGAAGUCACACUCUUUUGAGAUGCUCAUAAUUGGGCGGCUCAUCAUGGGGGUCGACUCUGGUAUAGCCUUAAGUGCCCUCCCCAUGUACCUGGGAGAAAUUUCACCCAGACAUAUCAGAGGAUUCAUCGGUCAGUUCAACUCCAUCCUGAUCUGCUUAGGAGUGUUCACUGGACAAGUACUGGGGCUACCAGAGCUGCUGGGUCAGGAGUCCAGGUGGAACUACCUGUUUGCCUUCCUGGCGUUGCCGGCUUUGCUGCAGCUGUGUGUGUUGCCUUUCCUCCCUGAGAGUCCUCGCUUCCUGCUGAUGGAAAGAAAGGAUGAAGCUGCAGCAGAAAGAGCUUUUCAGAGGUUCCUGGGGAAGAAGGAUGUAUCCCAAGAGCUGGAAGAGGUCCAUGCGGAGGCUCGGGCUCAGGUUAACCUAAACACUAUCACUGUGCUCCAGCUUCUGAGGAACCCAGCUGUGCGUUGGCAGCUCAUCACCGUUAUCAUCACCAUGGCCUCCUAUCAGCUCUGUGGCCUCAAUGCUAUCUGGUACUACACCAAUGGGAUCCUCCGGGAAGCUGGCUUUGCUGAGAACAUUCUCCCCUAUAUAACGCUGAGCACAGGGGCCAUAGAAACUCUGGCUGCAAUCAUCUCUGGCUUAGUGAUUGAACGUAUAGGGAGGAAACCCCUCCUUAUAUUUGGUUUUUCUGCGAUGGCCGUGUUCUUCAGCCUACUUACAGUUUUCCUCAAUUUCCAGAACACCAUGUCAUGGAUGCCCUACCUCAGUUACAUCUGCAUACUGGCUGUGAUCGCAUCCUUUUGCUCUGGUCCAGGUGGGAUCCCAUUCAUCUUGACUGGUGAACUGUUUGAACAGUCUUACCGCCCUGCUGCCUUCAUGAUUGCUGGCACUGUAAACUGGCUGUCCAACUUUGCAGUGGGCCUCCUGUUCCCAUUCAUCCAAGAGGCGCUGCAGACCUUCGCCUUUCUGGUGUUUGUAGUCGUCUGCAUCUUGGCAUCUAUCUACCUCUACAUCAUCCUGCCUGAGACCAAAAAUAAAACCUUUGUGGAUAUUAGUCAGAGUUUUGCAAAAAUCAACAAAAUCCCCGUCCCCACCCCCAGUCAAGAAAUGGAGCUGGUUCUGUCUAUUACGCCCGAGAAGAACGGAAAAGUCCAAGACGUUACCAAGAUGGAAAGUUCCUUCUAAAAGAGCAAAAAAGGGGAACUGGAGUUAAAAUGUAAAAUGAAAUUGUUUGCUGGUUGUAUAUAUUUAUUUAACGUCUAUGAUUAUUACAAUUAAA